AUGCAAAGAUGCUUCACGUAUUGCAUAAGACAGAACAAGGGAAAGGAGUCAUCCUUGUUGGAGGAGCUGAAGUCGAUAGUGCCACACGCGUUCGGAGAACACACUCUUUGCAAAGAAUGGUGUACAUACAAGCAGGACCCAGAAAACUACAGUCAUGGCGACCUUCCUGGUGGAAGAGAUCUUCAGGUAAAUUCACAAUUUGUCAAUCUCGGAUGGAACGCUGCUACCUCUUACCAGUAGCGAGGGGUGUUGGCGUUGGUUUUCGUACAUUCUACACUUUUCAAGACAAGAGCACUAUAGCCAGUGAAUAGUAGAUGAGCUCUACAAAAGAUACGUUACCGGUAUAUACCGUGGGAUGGCCUAUAAAAGUUCUACUGAACAUCUAUCACGGAAUAGAUAGCGAGUAUGGGAGCCAAUCAGAUUUCAAUAAUGCUUGUCGAAAGGCAUGCUUUGCGGUCGUUAUGCUUUAACUCACAAAAUGUGAAAAUUGCACUAGAAUAAAUCUUUGAAUAAUUAGCAGAGAAACUAUACUUCGCAAACUUCGCGCAAUAUUGUUAGAUAAAGGCAAUUCACCAAAAUAUGUCCGUAUGAUACGAAAAUCAAAACCUCGGCCGCAAAGCAUCUUGGUCGACAGGCAUUAUUGCUUUUUUCAAAGUGUUUUGGUGUCGCUUGGAUAAUGGAAAAUUGUGUCAUUUAGGGAGGGAUUAGGGAGACGAUCUGCGAGCUAGUAUCGAGGAUGCUAUGAAACCUUUUCUCACUGAAGAGGCAGCCAAAAAGCUUGCUCCAUGUGGGUCCAGCCAGCGAAACGAAUGCGUCAACAGUUUGAUUGGUACGAAAGCACCGAAAAUUCGUCACUACGGUGGAUCUGAGAGUAGCGACUUCCGCACGGCGGCAGCAAUUUCGCAAUUCAAUGAAGGGUAUGGAUAUGUUAACCAGGCAGCGCAACUAAUGGGUGUAGCAGGCAAUGCUGUGACUGAAAAGCACACCAAGGUGAUGGACAAGAAGAAAGAUAGAAAUAGUCUAAGGCAGUCAACCAAGGCGUUUAAGCGAGCUAGGAGAAGUGCGAAGAAAAAGAAAACCCAAAAGACCCGAUCAUUGGAACAUAACGAGGGCGUGACCUAUGAGAGCGGUGUAGGACUAACACAAAGUGAGGCUGACAGAUUGACAAUCACGAAUGGUACUUUGAAUGAUCUACGAUCGAGUAUUACGGACAAGGAAUUCGAUGACUAUGUGAGCAUAGCGAGCCUACAAGAGAGUACAGAAAAUGAGGUACUUAUAGCGGCUACACCCUUUAUCGAAUUUAUCCAUAGGUAUCACCAUAACUUUUCAAAAUGGUAAUAAAUUGUGAUUUGUUAUCCCUUAUAGACUUCCGAUGUUCAAAAACUCCAAAAUAAAGCGAAGGUACUUGAAAUACACGUCGUUAUACUCCUUUGGGGAGGGGAUGUGGGUGCGCGCCCGAAAUCCCGUCGUUGACGCCCGAUGUUGAAUCUAAUUCUUUCACUGUUAUAUGUUUUCAGAAGGAGACGGGGACACCGAAUGACCCUUUUGUGCUUGCUAUAUGUGAUACAGAAACAACGGGGCUUGGUAUGGAGUGCGAGAUAAUUCAACUGUCGUGCUUAGUUCAGGGGAAGGCGCCGUUUAACCAGUAUCUGCUUCCAGACAAGAAAAUGAUAUCGGAAAGUGCGACCAAGAUUCACGGAGUGUCUGUAACAUAUCAAAAUGGGGCGAAGCAAUUGCACAAAAAUGGUAACCAGUUGCCAGCUGUGUCACAAGCUCAGGGAUUGGGGGAUUUUCUUAGCUUCAUAAAAGAGGUUGGAAGUGAGACGCGGGUUGUUCUUGUUGCCCACAACGGUAAUCGGUUCGACUUCCCCAUUUUGCUACGUUCGAUGAAAGAACAGGGUCUACUUAAGCAGUUUCUAGAGUGCAGGCCGAUGCUUUUGGAUUCACUAGAAGUAAUCACAGAAGAAAAAAAGGCGAGGGGAAGUCAUCUAAAGGAGUGCAAGGGGAAAUCUCUUGCGAGAAAUUGUUCGGCGAGCAAUUUAACGCCCACGAUUCCCUAG